AUGGAAGAUGGACAAUCCCGCAAAUCCACCAACGGGCAGGGCCAUCCACGGCAAACACGCGAUCUUAAGAAAACACACGCCGAUUCUUGGCCCAGCACCACCAAAAGGACAUCGCUGCCAGCCAGUCCUAAGAUCAUCAAGACUACCGAGGAUGACUCAAGCGUUGGGGACGUGUUCGAAUACUGCCAGCAAACGUCCGUCACUACGCCGUCGACGGUGGAGAUCGACUACGGCGCCAUUAGUCCACGUUUCGAACGUAAAAGGUUCGAGUUUUGUUACCCCUCCGUAUCGAAGGAAGAUUUCUCCAACAGCAUAUCAAUCGACACGCACGACAUCGAUCGUCAGAAGAAACGAAUUUAUCCCAGCAAGACUCCCGAUAACUCGCUCGAAAAUGAAUCCAUUCUCGAUGGUUCGAUGGCGAGCUGUAGCUCUCCGGGGCAUAGUUCCUCCGCAAGGGCCAAGUCUCCGUCGCACUCCCCGCGACAUUCGCGCCGUCAACUGAAUAGCGAAAUUAUCAACAUAACCUCAAACCCUGGCUAUCAGGUUCUAAGGAAUUCUCACUCAACACUCGAUCGCACCUGCUCCGACAGUGUCGUCUCGCUGACAUGUCGCAAAUCGACCAGCGAUCUUACCCAAACGAGUGACGUUGGCAUGAGCGGUAUGGGUUCGAUGGGAGGGCGACAGGGCAGGCGCAGAAGCAGCCACAAGGGCGGCCUAGCCUUCCUGGCCAGCCGGAAGGGAUCGCGUGACUCAAUCAAAAGUGCGGCCUCCAACACGUCCGUUUUCUCCAACGAAGACAUCGGACCGCUAGCGUUCCAGUCAUCGGCCCGUGGUCGUCAGCGAAGAACGUCCAACUUUCUCGAGCUUCCCGUGCCGGACCAUGCGAGGCCCCGCGUUUGUUCAUUGCCGGAGCGACCGUACAAUCCACGCCAGAGCGACGAUCUCUAUCGAUUGCGGCACUUUUCCAUCAGCAAAGGCACGGUGGUCAACUGCGGUGACUCGAUCAUAUCGCGAAGAUCCAAAAGUAACACCAGCGUCAACUCGACGGCCAGUCGCGCCAGCGAGAGGUCACCAUUUGAGGGAUCCUGUUGCGGCGGAGGAUACGCCACCGUGGAUUCGCUUCCUUCGUCUCAUGGCGAAGACGACGAAAGUGAACCAAUUCCUACAAGGUAUCGCGUCGUAAUGUUGGGCGAUUCGGGCGUCGGCAAAACGGCCCUGGUUUCACAGUUUAUGACCUCCGAGUACAUGCACACGUACGACGCCAGCCUGGAUCGGAAAGAUGAUGAGUUCGGUGAGAAGACCGUUAGUGUGCUGCUGGAUGGCGAGGAAUCGGAGAUGAUAUUUAUCGACCAUCCGAACGUGGAGAUGAGUGUGGAAAACUCGCUCUCGACGUACGAACCGCACGCCUGCGUUGUUGUCUACUCGAUCGUCGACCGGAACUCGUUCCGGGUGACGGAGGAAAUACUCAACUAUCUCUGGUCCGAGCACUACACGAAGGAAAAGGCGGUCAUCAUAGCGGCAAACAAAUCCGAUCUGGCCCGGGCACGAGUCAUAACCACAGCGGAGGGAAAGCAGCUGGCAACGUCCCGGGAAGCGAAGUUCAUCGAAACGUCCAGCGGAAUUCAGCACAACGUCGAUGAGCUGCUCGUAGGCGUCCUUAAACAGAUACGACUCAAAGAGCAGAGGGAAAAGCGUGCCAGUGCAACGAAUCUGCGCAACUCCCGUACGCAGAUGUCGCUGCACAUUGCAAAGGAGAUUUUGCACAAAAUUUGUCUUACCGACAUCACUAAAUCGAAAAGCUGCGAAAAUCUACACGUACUCUAA